AUGGGCAGACCACAUAAAAACCAUAUCCUCGGGCCCCCGUUCGAUCCUGGUCGAGAAAGCCGGGAACGCAUCAAAAUGCUCCUGCGCCGACACUCACCUUGGGCUCUACCGGCUCUGCUUUCGCUCUGUCUCGUACUGCUCACUUGGCCUCUAACCACCAGCACAAGCGCAUCCAAUGUCGCCGCAACUGACCCCCCGCGCAAGUCAGAUAACUACUCGGAUGUCGUGCAAUGGGAUAAUUACACGAUAUUUUUGAACAACCAACGUAUGUUCCUGCUCACGGGAGAGUUCCAUACGUUCAGGUUACCAGUACCGGAUUUGUGGUUGGAUAUCUUUCAGAAGAUGGUGGCAGCAGGCUUGACUGGUACUAGUAUCUACAUUCACUGGGCACUGACGAAUCCUGCACCGGGCGUACUUGACUUCAACGACUGGCGCGCGCUUCAGCCCAUCUUUGAUGCAGCCAAACUUGCUGGUAUAUUCAUCACUCUGCGCCCCGGGCCCUAUAUCAAUGCCGAAACAACAGCAGGUGGUAUUGCCUUGUGGGCCACGAGUCAAGUUGCUGGGACACUGCGCACAAAUGCUACCGACUAUAGGCAGGCGUGGACACCUUACAUUGAGGAAAUUGCAGGAAGCGUUGUCCCGAACCAGGUUUCGAACGGAGGUCCGAUCAUCUGUGAGUCACAUCUCUUGCAUAAUGAGAUCGGGUUCUGA